GGACUAGAGAGGCGGGGCGCUGUACGGCGGCCGAGAGGACGGGCAGGGCGGCAAUUUCCGCAGCACGAUGGAGUCGAUGGUGUUCAUUUUUUCGCUCAUUGAUUGCUGCGCCCUGAUUUUCCUUUCUGUUUACUUUAUAAUUACACUAUCAGAUUUGGAAUGUGAUUACAUUAAUGCCAGAUCUUGCUGCUCAAAACUAAAUAAAUGGGUGAUCCCUGAAUUGAUCGGCCAUACCAUUGUCACUGUAUUAAUGCUUAUUUCACUGCACUGGUUCAUCUUCCUUCUCAAUUUUCCUGUGGCAACGUGGAACAUAUACAGGUGUAUUAUGGUUCCCAGUGGAAACAUGGGAGUAUUUGACCCUACAGAAAUCCAUAACAGAGGGCAGCUAAAAUCACACAUGAAGGAGGCUAUGAUAAAGCUUGGUUUUCAUCUCCUUUGUUUCUUCAUGUAUCUUUACAGUAUGAUCCUGGCUUUAAUAAAUGACUGAAACUGAAGUGGCAGUAUUAUGGUUGCCAAAUUGAUGUUACUCCAUUGAAAUACUAUGAAGCCAUGAGCAACUCUCAAGAAAAUCAAGACCAGUGAUGUCAUGCAGUAUAUUUUUUCCUCUUUGAACAAAACAUAUUUUUGCUGUAUUUUUAACAUAUAAAAUAUUUUAGAAACUACAAUACUAUGUUUUUGCAACUAUUGUUUUGUUCUUACUCAAAUCCAUUUUCUUACUGUAUUUAAUUCUUAUGUAAUGUAAAGAUUUUGCAAGAAUACUGGUUACCCAAUGCAGCAGAUUCACGUAUUAGAGUGAAGCAACAGGUAUAACAGUUUCAUUGAAGAAGGUUUUAUCAUAUAAAAGGAAGCUUACCAGAGAUGAAUGACCAAUGUUUUCUUUCCUAUAGGCAACAUUUUAAAUAUAGUUCAUUUAUGUGUUUAAACUGAAGGCUGAAGUAUGUUCAAUGGCCAAACAUUUGUCAGUUCAGUGUUACCCUCCACGUGCACAACCAGUGUGCUUCUAUUUAGACUGUUGAAGUUCACUUCUAACAUUCAGGUCACACAUAGCUGCUAUAAUACUUUGUGAAAUGAUUUUUCAAACACCCUUUUUUAAUAUAUGAAU